AUGAUCGACCCCCUCCAGAUUACGGCCGACGAGGUCAAUUGCUUGAUAUAUGCGUACUUCAGAGACAGCGGUUUUCAACACAGCGCGUUCGUCUUGCGCGCAGAGUCCCACAUCGAGCACUCACAACACUUUCGGAAGCAUGUGCCACGUGGAGAGCUGAUCGAGCUUCUCAGCAAGGCUUUGCUGUUCUCCGAGGUGGAGGCCCACUGGAGAGGCGACAGCAUGAAACUCUCGUGUCAGAACCCUUUCAGUAUCUUGGAACGUCACGUCUGCUCCGAACCAUCUCGUAAUGCCCCGCCCCCGCCGCCCCCACAUGCUUCGGGCAGCAACGUACCCAACGGUGGCCCUUUGUCUCACCGCCAUUCACCUUUGGACAACUCCCUGAAGCGGAAAGCCAGUGGAACUCCGACACGAGAUGAGGCCUCGAAGGAGAAACGUGCGAAGACCAGUUCGCCUAUCGAAGUAGACGUAGACGUGGGGUCGGGGCCUUCCGUAGAAUCUCUGCAUGCUGGUCCUCAUACGACAUCUACCGGUACGGGCAGCGCAUCUGCGGCUGCAACAGCGACCCACGAAGCAGAUGAGCCCAUUCUUCCUGAAACGGCAGAGAAGACCAAACGCAAACAACUGCAAGUGUUAAAGGCUCACAAGGCCGAGGUAUUUGUCUGCUCCUGGAACCCUGUCGACAAAACACUUUUGGCGUCUGGCUCGCGGGACAGCGUAGUACACCUCUGGAGCGUCCCAGUUGCUGAUAAAUACGGAUAUAUGCCUUCACAAGUCGACCCCCCGCGCACAUGCACGUUUACCCCGAAUCAGGAAUCAGGGGACCUCACAUCCCUUGACUGGUCCAAAGAUGGCACUCUUCUUGCUAUCGGCUGUUACGACUCAGUCCUUCGCAUCUGCGAUGCAAAUGGCAAACUCUAUUUCAGCCACGCCCAACACGAUAAGGGGCCUAUAUUCGCGGCACGCUUCUCUCCGGGAGGGCGAUGGCUUGCCAGCGCAAGUUUGGAUGGAUCUGCCUGCAUUUGGGACGUGAAGGGGAAACGGUUACACCGGCAAUUCAGCGCGCAUGAAAAAUGUUGUCUCGAUGUCGACUGGCUAACCGAAUCAGUGUUCGCAACUAGCGGCUCAGACGGUCUGGUGAAGAUCAUGAACGUCGACAAUCCCACACCAUUGAAGACGCUCGUCGGCCACACAGGCGAAGUCAAUCAGCUCAGGGUCAACAUCCCUCGGACCAAGCUGGCUUCUUGUUCCGACGACAAAACUGCUCGCAUCUGGAAUAUUCAAGAUAUAGUCUACGGCCGUGAGCCUGACGACCGUGUCAUGACCCUAGCGGGCCACAAGGGGCAGGUCAGCAACCUGGUUUGGCAACCAUGCACAGCUGAGCUCGAGCACGAACUUCUUGUCACAUCAUCCUUCGACCGCUCUGCAAGGCUGUGGGACACCGUUACAGGCCAAUGUCUUCGAGUGUACAAUGAUCACAAGAAACACGUCUAUAAUCUGGCAUUCAGUCCGGACGGUCGGCUGUUCGCUUCCGCCGGAGGAGAUGGCUGGAUAUACAUAUACGAUGCGCGGGUGAGUAGUAGACGAUGGCGGUGGUCGUACAACGCCAGCAAAAGCGGUAUCUUCGAGUUAUCGUGGCAACUGUCCGACUUCGCGAACAGGAUAGCUAUGGCGCUGGAGGACCAUUCUGUUGUCGUGAUAGAUGCCAUGGCAGUGCCCGAGCUACAGUAA